GAAUCUUUACGCUCUUAACGAACGAAGUGAACAACGAUCUAAAGAAGAACAGCAUUCGAAACUGUUUUCUAGGGAGUACCCCAGCCUACAGAGUGGCCACGGUGACGCAAGCGGUUUUUGGCUUCCUGAGUGGUUCGCAGUGAAGGGGCUGGGUAGAACUAGAACGGGCUCUGCGGAAUUAUUGGGGAUCGUAUUUAGUUGUAUCGUAGACAUAAACCCCGAUAAUAGUGAUGUAUCCCCGGUGCCAACAUAUUUCUGUCUACGCGAACCUCUAUGA